AUGGCUGACAGCUCGGAAGCCGCUCAUUGGCUGAAUUUUCCUCGCAAUGGACUAGCGGAAGGUGGAAUGUGGCGACACCCCACAGGAUGACUCGGCCCGGCAGCCUGCUACUCCGAAACCCUCAACUUUAUGGUCUUUAAGCCACAUCUCUCCUGUUGUUGGACAUUAUGACAAAUCACUGGAAGCAUUCUUCAAGUAGUCGUAUGAAGCGGUACUGCUGUAGAUGUUUUGCUGAAGUGUGAUGUUGCUGUUUCUACGUGAUCCUGAUUUGAAAAGUCAUGGAGACGGUUGUCUAUUCUGGGGUGUCUUUAGAAAUUCCAUCAGAAAUCUGUCAAGACAUAUCAUUAUUGUUUGAAAUUCUGUCUCCCGACACUUGGAACAAUCAUCUCACUGAUGAACACCGAGAAAUGUUAAUGGGCUAUUUACCAGAAUUUCCUCAUAAUGACCUGGAAGAGAAAACACGAACUUUAGAAAUGUUUUUUAUGGAUGAAAACUUCAGAUAUGGAACACCACUCAGGUUGUUUCAUGAACAGCUCUGCAAGGGCUUCUUCAACCCUGAAAUUUCCAAGAUGAGAGCCAUUCAUAAGAAGAUAAUGUACAGAGAAUACAGAUACCGGCAGAAGCAAUAUCUUCAUCAUACACUAGAAGAGGUUUUAGUGCGAAGAAAAAGGGUGCUGGAUAUUGUGAGCAACAUGCCACCGGAUGACAUUCCCAAGAUCCCGCGACUCACACCUUUGCAUAAUAAAAAGAAGAGUUCUCGUACCUCCAUUGAGUAUUGUACAAAAAAGCGCUACUUUCGUGAAUUGGCUGCGAUUCGAGCAGAAGUGGGAGGAGAUACAAGUGAUACAUCAGAAGAUGAAAUAUAUCCAGAGGGACCAGGGGCCUCCCUCAAUAAAAAACAGCGUCGGCAGUUAGGAGGGCUGGAAGGCUCGCUACCGCCAGAUUUAUUACCAGUGAGAGCUACGCACAGUAGUGGCUCUCUUGCGCUAGACCUCGAACUGAAAAUAACACCCACUAGUAACCCACUAGAUCUUACGGAUGAUCAUUUUAGAGCCAUGCUUGCAGGACACAGGCUUCGAAGAAGUAAAAGAGAGUCGUCAGUUGACCUAGAUACUCGAGGCAUAACACUACAAGAUGUUAUAUCUCGAGCUCAAAUUCAGUUGAAAAGACCUCCUCAAAGAGCCAUUAUGUCACCAUUAACACUAGAAAAACCAAAGAAAAAAAUUAAGGUAAAGAAAGAAACUUCAUCCAUACUAGUCUCUUCCAAUCACUUGGAUCUUCCAGUGACUAUAAAAAGUGAACUUCUAAGUGAUUCAGAAUCUUCGUCGUCUUCCUCCUCAUCUUCAACGGUCAGUGACUCGGAGGAUAUUGAAGUUAAGAAGGAAACGCCAGUUGUGUCUCCAUCUGUUAAAAAGAGAAUUGGUGCUAAAGGUAUUAAAAUAAAGUUAGAACCAGUGGAGCCCUUGAGUGCGAAUGAAGACAUAGAUAUUGGAGGCCUUGGAGUGGAGCCCAUAGUGAAGGAGGAGCAUAUAAAGGUUGAAAUAAAAGAGGAACCAAUGGAAGAUCAAGUAACGGCUGCAAUUGAAACGUCAUCAGAAUUAACAGCAGCACUUGAAAGUAUUGGUGCUUGUAUUGCUCCAGAGUUGACUCAAGAGACUCACAUAUGUUUCUUCAGCCUGAUCAGGGAUAUAAUAUGUUCUACUGGCGAGCAAAGAAUGACAAGAGCCCAGUUAGAGUCGAGUAUAAGAGUGUGGCAGGAGUCUGCCAUCUCUCCACUUAAUGAAUGGUAUUCUCUUGUCCCGUCUUGGGUCAACAUUCUCCCUUCUGCCAUUAACUUUCUUUGUGGACAUUUUACAGAUGUUCAGCCUGCAGACUUCGUACCUUACAUAGAAUACAAGAGUCUGCUGAGAGUUUAUCAGUGGAUUGGUGCUGGAAGAGACAGUGAUGGUCAUUUAGAACCCCUUGCUCAAUUUUGGCUUGCUAAUAAAUCUUCUAUGAGUAGUGAAUGGAUAGAAGAUGAUAUACUAGGAUCUAGGCUAGAAACGGAGGAGAGUGACAUCAUUCCACCCCCACGCUGCUACACCACAUGGACAGUGCAACCUGCAACAGAACCUGAGAAGGACAUGUAUCGAGCACAAGAGAAGCUGAGAUAUGAGAAACCGCAUAAAGCAUACACGUUCAGGAUGCAUGGCUAUGAGAGUGUGGUAGGACCAGUCAAAGGCAUUUAUACCCAGCAGACAGGACUGAACAAAGCUAGAGGCCAUUCCUUAUUAGUUCCUGACAGACCUGCCUAUGUCACAAUACUCUCCCUUGUGCGAGAUGCUGUUGCUCGUCUACCAAAUGGGGAAGGCACACGAUCAGAUAUAUGUGAGCUGCUUAAAGAAUCUCAGUAUCUGGCUCCCUUAACAAGUCCAACUGCAGAAAAUAAUCUGAACAGUGUUGUAUCUGGUGCUCUGGAUAGACUUCACUAUGAAAAUGAUCCAUGUGUGAAAUAUGAUACCCCACGAAAACUUUGGAUUUACUUACACCGCAACCGAAAUGAGGAAGAAUUUGAACGAAUGCAUCAUUUAAAUGGACCAGGUGGCAAUAAAAUAAAGAAACCAGCUCCUAGGAGACAAAGUAGAGCAAAGGCUAAGGAUCCUUUGUCCAUGAAGGGUCCUCCUAAUGUUGCUCUGGAACCUGUUUCUUCUCCCAUUAAGGUUGAAGGAACUCAAGUAAAACUUAAAUCAGAAGAAGUGACAGCUUUAACCAAAGUAAAACCAGACAGUCCAGUGAAGUUAGACCAGUUAAGCUCUGCUACUGUUGGGAAGGCAGUAACUUCCGUCAGAGUGGGUGGAGUGAGAGGGGCUGUUGGAACCAGCAGUGUACAGACAAUUCAGGUAUCUACUGCUGGUGGUGUCCAGACAAUCAAAGUGGCUCUUCCUCCUGGAGCCCAAACAAUCACCAAAGUCACACCUCAGGCUCUGGGAAAAGUACCAACUUCUUCCAUUACCAAGGUUGGGAACCAGACAAUUAACAGAGUACCUACUCAACCACUUGGGAAGCCUGGCAGUACUGCUAUUAAGGGAGUGAAUUUACAGCAGUCUGUUCUACAGACUGCUGUUUCUGGACCAACAAUAGGACCAGAGUCUGUUUUGAGCACUCAACAAAUCACAAGUUUACCCUCAGGGAAUAUAGGUCAGGGCAAGACACGAGCUCCAGUAGUGACGUUGACAACGAGAGAAGCAGCAAGGCUGCCAGCACCGUCUGUGUCACAAGCAAGACCCAUCUCCUCGGCCAGCACCACACCAGCUAACCAGCAACAUGCUACACAAACGCUUCUCACCUCACAAGUGACAGCGGGUGGUAUUGCGGCAGGCAAGCUGUCCAAUACAGCAACAGUGGUCAACAUGAGUGCUGCUGCUGCCCAAAAAUCUAACUUGUUUUCCUUGGGUGGCAUCAAGUUGCUUCAUGCAGCUCCUCAACAGAUUGCAGGUCUUCUAUUUCCAGGAAAGGGUGGGUCAAAUUCAGCUUCGAUGAUGAACUCCAUUACCAAGUUACAGACAUUAAUGGUUGAUGGGAAAGUGUUGAUGCAAGGAGGAAAGAUUGCAACGGUGGAGAGUCUUCUUAGCCAGGCUGACAAGACUACACAGCUGCAAGGUGGUGUAAUAACAACGAUGGCAGGCAACAAAUUGGCAGGUGGAAAUGUGAUCCAGCUUUCAGGCGGUGCUGGGGGCGUGCAGAGACUAACACUAGUGUCCCCACAAGGCUCCCACGUUCCCCUGGGUUCAGGUGGUCAAAGGCUUGUCUUGGCCACUGGUUCACAGGUACAACUUGCUGGAAAAUUAGAUGGGUCUGGAAACAAAGGUCAAGUUGUUCAGACCAUCCAGACGUUGCAGCCCGGCAGUCAUGUUGUGCAGACGAGCCACGGGACAGUUGCCUCCUCCGCUGCCAGCAGCACCACCACAUCUCCCUCUAUUACCAGUACUACCACUCAGGUCAUCACUGGUCCUGUUGCCUCAACACCCAGUGCUCUAACCACCUCACAAGCAAGAUUUUUCUCUGUAGGCCAACAGCAAAAAACUAUUGUGCAGGGCCUAAAUAUGAGUGGAAAGCCUUCAGUACUAUCUGGUGGAGGAAUUCGGCUUGUCCAGCCUGCCGGGGGUGGGGCUGGGGGAGGGACGGUAGUUACAGGUGGGACUACUACUACUGGCAACCUAAUAACUAUUGGAGGGAAGCAGGUGCUGCUGACAUCUAAGCCUUUUGCACAACAAGGGCAGCUGCAGCAGGUGAUGUUGACCAGCGGCAGUAUAAAAGGUGGAAUUCAAGGCACACAGGGAGCACAAACAGCAAGUCAAGGAGCAGUUGUCGUAGCAAGCGGGGCGGGGGGACAGCAAAUUGUUCUUCCAGCAUCGGCGCUUCAGGGUUCUCAGCUAAACUUGAAAGGCCUUCAGGCCUUUCAUACUUUGAAAGUUAUUCCUGCAUCACAAGUCACACAACAACAAAGAGGAAAACCAGUGUUGGCACGGAUAGUAUCCCCUGCUUCUAUGAGAGGGGCAGUUCCAACCUCUUCUAUAACUAAUACUUUGCCUUCUGGACACGAUUCUUCUAAAUCUUAGGGAGGGAAAAGUUGUACAAACAUACUGAUAAAAAAUUAUAUCGGUGAUUAAUUAAUUAAUUACAGUUGACCUAUUCUCUUUGUUGAUAUAAUAAUUCCUAAAGCUACACAUCUCAACAAUUUAAUUUAUUUCACAAUGUAAAGAUUAUUCAGUUAAUUGUGCUGUUGUAUAGUGUUUUCUAAAUGGAAAUAAAUUUAUUCAAUUAUGUCUUCCAUCACUCCUAAUUUACACAGUAUUUUAAUUUUUAUCUUAUUUAUCUUUUGGAAAUUCUCUUUUUACUACAUAUCAAGAGGUAUUGUGUAUCAUUUAGUCAAAGGCGUAAUAUUUCAAGUUUAAAAUGAAAGCUGUCCAUUGUAGGAAUAUAAUGGUUAUGUCUGCUAAUAAUGCCAUCGGUGUUUCAAAAAUGGAAGAUUGGUUUUUAGGAUAUUAUGAUAAUUAUAUCAUUGGUAUGCUGCACACAAAAUGCGAUAAUAAGAUAUCGGUAUUUUAUUCAAACAGUUUAACCUAAUUUUAUUCUAUAAAACUUUUGUUGAAAACCAAUACUGAAUAUUUAGCUAUGAAUUUUGCUUUAUUAUAAAAAUCAUUGCAGACCACCAUUUAAUUAUUUACUAUAGGGAAAUGUCAAGAUAUUCUGUGAUAGUCAUAUUGACAUAUUUUGUGAAUAUUUGAAAACCAUUCAAUAUUUUACAUGAGUGAAUGAAUGUUACAUACAUGUCUUGAGGUUCAUGUAUAUGAGAUUGAUAUUAUAAAUAUAUUGCUGUAAAAUA